AUGUCUGUGAAGCAGAAAAAGAAAGUUUUAGAAAAACCUGAAGGGUACAAAGUUAUUUCUGAUGAUGAUCUAUUUAGAUCGUCCUCACAAUAUAGACUAUGGUCCUUCACAAAGGAGCAAUUGGAUACAAAAAGAGUAGACACGAAUGCCCAUGCAGUUGCAGCUAUCGAGGAGAAGUUAACGAUGUUUAAGAAGGAUUAUGCUAGCGAUAUUAGCGAAGAAGAUGCUAAAAUGAUUAAUGAGAAGGCAAUUCCUCUAACCGCAGAAGAAGAGUUGAAGUUAGUUGACUUCUACGCCAAGAAAGUCCAAGGCAUUGCGCAACAUUUGAACCUACCAACGGAGGUUGUUUCUUCUGCGUUGAUAUUUUUCAAAAGAUUUUAUUUGGAAAACUCUGUAAUGGAGAUUGAUCCAAAGACCAUUGUCCAUACUAUCAUUUUCUUAGCUUGUAAAUCUGAAAACUAUUUCAUCAGUGUCGACUCUUUCUCCAAGAAGACCAAGGCCAGCAGAGAUACAAUAUUAAAAUAUGAAUUCAGGAUUCUAGAAAGCUUGAAGUUUUCUUUAUUAUGUCACCAUCCUUUUAAGCCUUUGCAUGGGUUCUUCCUGGAUAUCCAAAAUGUUUUACAUGGAAAAGUUGACGUGAAAUAUAUGGGAGAAAUUUACACCAAGACCAAGAAAAGAAUAUCCGAUGCACUAUUGACAGACGUGGCAUUUUUAUUCACUCCACCGCAAAUCACUCUUGCUGCUCUUUCGUUAGAGGAUGAGCAACUAACGGAGAAAUAUUUGGAGACUAAAUUCAGCAAUACCGAUACCAUCAUCGAGGCAAGCAAGGAUACCAAUGAGAAAGAUAAAGAUAGCGAGGUCAUAAAAGAGGACAGACCAGAUAAAAUUAACUACAUACUGCUACUGUCAUUGAUCGAUCAAUGCAAAGAGGUCAUGUCUAAUCCCUCACAAGUAUCAAUGGAAGAGGCAAAAUCCAGUGCUGCAAAGCUAUACUUCUGUAAUCAUCCAAUGAACAUAAUCCAAAGAAAUAAAAAGACGCAACCUGAUGGAACAGAUUCGAAAGAGGAGUCCCCAGUUAAGAAACAGAAAAUAUAA